AUGGUGGGCAUUUCACAACGUAAAGCUGCAUUAAUCGCAGGAUUUUCAAUUUUAAUUAUGGCAAUUCUUGCAGGAUUUGCCUAUGGUUUUGUUCUUCAAGAUCUUAUUGUACCGGAUAAUACAACUUUAACAGCUGAUAAUAUUAGAUCUUCUCUGAUGUUAUUUCGUCUUGGCAUUUUCAGCUUUCUUAUCAUACUUAUCUGUGAUGUAUUGGCGGCUUGGGCACUUCAUGUUUUUCUUAAACAAGUAAACGAACAUCUUUCUUUGCUUACUGCUUGGUUCCGACUUAUCUAUUCAGCAAUUUUGGGGACUGCCUUACUAAAUCUAGUUUUUGUUGCGUUAUUAUUAAAUGGUGCAAAUUACUUGUCUAUUUUUGAAAUAAGUCAAUUAAAUGCCUUGGUAACAUUCUUUUUGAAUGGUUUUCAUAAUAUUUGGUCUAUUGGAUUAGUUAUUUUUGGAUGUCAUCUUUACGUUCUUGGUUAUUUAGUUUUAAAAUCUAGAUAUAUUCCCAAAAUACUUGGUUUUUUGUUAAUCAUUGCUUCUUUGUGUUAUAUCAUCAAUAAUUCGGCUAAUUUACUACUAUCCAAUUACGAAAAAUAUAAAUUAACAGUUGAAGUAUUUAUUGGCUUACCUAUGAUUUGUUCAGAAACUGGACUUGGUGCAUGGCUUUUAUACGGAGGUGGUAUAGGACCUGAAGAUUAA